AUGAAAACGAGCACUUCAUACUGUACAGACAAACAACAAUCUUCUUAUCCUAUUUUACUACCUAAACCACUUUCAUCACAUAAAAGACCUUUAUUUGACCAUGUAAAAACUGGAAAAUAUAAUAUGCAGAAUUGGAAUUACCAGUUGUUAGGUGCACAAAUCGGUGCUCAGGCAGCUGACUAUGCUGCUGCUAGAUAUAAUCAUACGACAGAGGCGCUUUCAUUGAACGAAAGUGAGCCGAAUGCCUAUUCUGAAUCUUCGCUUCGUCCUUCUUUUGCAGCGGUAUCAAAAUCAAAUUUAUUUAUUUACAGUGGAAUAACAACACUUAAAAUAAACCCAUCAUUACAUACUGUCAGACCUGUUACGGGAUAUUUAUUAGAAGGAUCAAAUUCACUUUUCUUCACGAAAACUUACCACCAGCUAAUGCAGUAUUGCUUCCAGACAAUAAACCAGUCUCAUGCCAAUAUUAUUUCUGCGGGUUUGUCGGAAUACAGUGAACCUCCUUGGACAAGUGGGAAAUUACAGUUAAGACCAAUUAACAAAAUACUUCAUCUGUGGAAUCCUGAGGAAUCAUCACAUGAUCCUUCUCCUAUUCUUCAAACCGCAAGUUCUCUACCAAACUUAGGCAUUCUACGUUGUUCCUUUUCAAGCACUGAUAUAAUCAAGACUGUAAGAAACAAAGACAAUCUGUCUAAAGAUGUUUCUCAACCAAAGAAUGACUGGAAGUAUAAAAAGAUUAAAUCGGACUUAUCAUUAAACAAAAACAAAUGUUCAAAUGAACCUAAACAUUGUUCAUUUAAAUUUAAGGAAACCCAGUCGAAUAGUGAAAUGGAUGUAGAAAGUAAUAGUGAAUCUAGUGAUAGUCAUUCAACCGAAAAUAUUUAUAUAGAGAUAGAAGAAAAGAAAUAUUUACCUGUCUGGUCGGAACCAUUCGUUGUAUGCGUGCAGAGAAAUACUUAUCAGAUGCUGGGAUUUUCAGUGUCAUGUUUACCCAGCUUAUUUGGCCAAAAGGAAGAUGGGUUAUUAUUUAUCAGUGGCAUCUCUCAUUAUGAUACCAGUCAACUACAAGUUGGAGAUCGUAUUUUAUCAGUAAAUCAAGUAGAAUUGAAAAGUUUGGACACAGUUAAGUCAGUUGAAUUAUUAAAAACUGUACUGCCACCAGUUUACUUGCAAGUUCAAAGACUGAACACAAUAAAUCUGCGUGACAACAUUGAUUAUGUAGAGGAUUUAUCAUCGACGGACACAUUUACAGAGGAUGAUAUUGAAAUUAUCCAAAGAAUCAUCAACGAUUUUGAAGAGCGUGUCUUCAAUAAUCAAAUGAAAAUUCAAGAUCAAUCUAAACUUUCUAUGACAGACAACACUGAAACAGAAAAUAUUCAGCAAAGUAUCACUGAAGAUAACAUGAAAAAUGUUGAUAUACAGGCUGAAAUUCAAAUGCCGAAUAGAUGUGCCAGAGUAUUACGUCGGAAAGUAUUGCAAUGGUUGCAUACAAAUCAGGUUAUGAAACUGCUAAAAGGUGGUACAAAUCCAACGAAUAAAGAAAAAGUAAAUACUACUGGGGAAAAUCCAGACAAACAAAGUGAUUCAGAAAAGGAUGACAGUACAUUGUAUGGAGACGAUGAAAGUGAGGAUUCUUUCAGUGAUGACGACGAAGAUGCUUGGAAGAACGAUAAAGUUCCAACUCUACAGAGUAUUCUAGAUUGUUUCAGAUGUUUGUUCAAUGUACAAUUUUAA